UCCUCCAGAUUUAAAUACAUAAAAGUGAAGAACGUGCCUAUGCCGACUGCUGAUAUGAAAGCAUAAACCCAUUUGUAAAGAUGAAUAGUAUUUACUUCCAACUUUCACAUCACAGCUGCCGAGUUCCAGUUUUCUUCUCCUGUUCCUUUGAAGAUUUACGGAGCAAGCGCAAUUUUACUGAAGUUUGAUAUCUACGUUCCAAAACAUUUUAUUAGAACAUACCGUGUUAUUUCAAACAAAUAAUUGUAAAAUUUGGCGUGCCUAGUUCUCCCAAACUUAAUGUUGUGCUAUGGCGACUGCAGAAGCAAUGGUUAUUCCCAUCGGUCAGGUGAAAGGUAUCUAUCUCGUUUGCUCGGAGAAUGUGGACAACAACCUGUUGAUGCAGACGCAGACGUAAUACAUAUUCAAUUGCCGCCAUGGUAUGAUGCAGAACUAUUUCGAAGGGGCCAGAAAUUCCACCGAAAAUAUAUCGCAAGCGUGUACAUUGGAAUGCUAAUGGGACUCCUAUCGAUCUUAGCAGUUCCUUCAAUACUGAACGUCCUAAUGUGCACUGGGAAAUCUGAAACACCUCUUAAGGCAUAUCGACGCUACGUGAAAACCAUCUACCAUGCCGUAUCAUGGUUUUAUAACGAUCUGCAGCCUGGCUCCAAAGCUUGGGAAAGUAUUGAAAUGGUUCGGAAAAAACAUCUAAAUGCCCGAAAAUACUGCGAAAAAGCAAAACAAAUAACGAUAAUGCAACGUGACAUGGCAGUUACUCAAUUCGGAUUCAUGGGUUAUAUGAUAUUGCGUUCGAAAAUGAUUGGCAUCCAUAUUAAUGACGAAAAGGAACUGGAGGGUCCUGUCCACUUUUGGCGAGUUAUCGGUUACGUAAUGGGCAUCAAAGAUGAGAUCAACCUUUGCACUGGAUCAGUAGCUGAAACCAAGGAAAGAUUGAAAAUUGUCCUUGAAAACAUCCUACGCCCAAGUUUGGAGAAGCCAAUACCAAACUUCGAACCAAUGACUACGGCCCUUAUUAACGGUCUUUGGCACUUUACGAGGGAACUGGAUAAAGAUACAUGCAUAUUCGUAGCAAAGCGCCUCGCUGGUUGCAAGGGAUACGAGUUUUGGCAUAGUGACUUUAAACAAACCCCCACAAAAGAAGACCUAGAACAAAUGCAGUAUUACAAGUUGAAUUGGUUCCAAAGGUUUCUGGUGUGCUACUUUAUAUCUAUAAGCGAUUUUCAAAUGCGAUUCAAAAUCUUUCGGGCGUACUUUAACUUUGGUAUAAGAAAGAGAGAAUGGAUUAAUUAUUAUUUUCCAUACACUGCAAUUCUGAUAUUUGGGAUUAAAAACGCCUACGUAAGGAUCUUCGGUUCACAGAAGAAAGUGGCUCAUUCGGAAUAGUUUUAACUGAACCCAGAUACUAAUAUGUUGACAAAUAUAUUUUUCCAAGAGUGUCUUUAAAGAGAAAUGCAUUUAU